AUGGGUCUGUGCUACAGCCUCCGUCCGCUGCUCUUCGGAGACCGGGAGGACGCCCCCCGCGGGGCCUCGGCGCCUCCGGCGCAGGACGCGCGGCCCGGCCAGACCCCGGACCUCGUCCCGGCCGCCGCGGGGCCCCCGCUGCUCCGGGCGGGCGCGCGGCCCCGCGCCGAGGCCGGGAAGGAGCGGGGCGGGCGCCCGGAGCAGCAGCGCGCCGAGGAGCGCGAGGCCGAGCGCCAGGCCAGGAAGGUCAGCCGGAGCAUCGACCGCCUGCUGCGCGAGCAGAAGCGGGACCUGCAGCAGACGCACCGGCUCCUGCUGCUCGGAGCUGGUGAGUCUGGGAAAAGCACUAUCGUCAAACAGAUGAGGAUCCUGCAUGUAAAUGGCUUCAAUCCAGAGGAAAAGAAACAGAAAAUUCUGGACAUCCGGAAAAAUGUUAAAGAUGCUAUUGUGACAAUUGUUUCAGCUAUGAGUACUAUAAUACCUCCUGUUCCACUGGCUAACCCAGAAAACCAGUUUCGGUCAGACUAUAUCAAGAGUAUAGCCCCGAUCACUGACUUUGAAUAUUCCCAGGAAUUCUUUGAUCACGUAAAGAAACUCUGGGAUGAUGAAGGCGUGAAGGCAUGCUUUGAGAGGUCAAAUGAAUACCAGCUCAUCGACUGCGCCCAAUACUUCCUGGAAAGAAUUGACAGUGUCAGCUUGGUGGACUACACGCCCACAGACCAGGAUCUUCUCAGAUGCAGAGUUCUGACUUCAGGGAUUUUUGAGACGCGGUUCCAAGUGGAUAAAGUAAACUUUCACAUGUUUGAUGUCGGUGGACAGAGGGACGAGAGAAGAAAAUGGAUCCAGUGCUUCAAUGAUGUCACUGCUAUCAUCUAUGUCGCCGCCUGCAGCAGCUACAACAUGGUGAUUCGAGAAGAUAACAACACCAACAGGCUGAGAGAGUCCCUGGACCUUUUUGAAAGCAUCUGGAACAACAGGUGGUUACGGACCAUUUCUAUCAUCUUGUUCUUAAACAAACAAGAUAUGUUGGCAGAAAAAGUCUUGGCAGGAAAAUCAAAAAUUGAAGACUAUUUCCCAGAGUAUGCAAAUUAUACUGUUCCUGAAGAUGCAACCCCAGAUGCGGGAGAAGACCCCAAAGUUACAAGAGCAAAGUUCUUCAUCCGGGACCUGUUUCUGAGGAUCAGCACGGCGACCGGGGACGGCAAGCACUACUGCUACCCGCACUUCACCUGCGCGGUGGACACGGAGAACAUCCGCAGGGUGUUCAACGACUGCCGCGACAUCAUCCAGCGCAUGCACCUCAAGCAGUACGAACUCUUGUGAGGCGCGCCGGCGGGUUGGCGCCCCGGCCCCCCUGCCGCGGCCCCGCCGGGAGCCGGAUCCGAGAGGGCCUACCAGGUCAGCCCGGAGCCGGAGCCCGGGAAGUCGUGAGUUCGCCUCCUCGGGCGGGCGCCUGCUCUGUCCCGCGUGCGUGCCCCCUCCCCCGCGCCCGUCCCGUGCGCCCACCGAGCCUCUGGCUACCUCUGUCCUCCUCGGGUUUGGUCUGUAGCUUAAGUUUCCACUGAACUCGACCUUCACACAUCCUCCCACCCCCGUGUCACUGCACUACUUGUCCUGUCCCUCGGGCGACACUGCAAUGAGAUCUUGCAAGGUGGGGGCCCUUUUGAUUCAUUCAUAUUUAAUCGAUUGACUCUUCAGGAACUUGACUGGCAAGAAGGAGAAACGCACUUUUUUCCUAGUCAUUCAGCAUGGUUGUGAGGCCCAAACAGAUGCUGAGUCACAGCUUCUGUUCCAGCUUUAAGCAGCUGCAGGGGACAGAGGCACCCUCUGAUCUGCAUGGGCCUGAGUCUUAGAAUAGAGCACCCCAAGCCAGAGAGGAAGAAAUCCUUGUCUGUUACAUUUUCAGGCACUGCCAGCCUCAGGCCUUUGAAUUAGAGCUACUUUGAACCUUUGACAUUCAGGCAGAAAACCCACCAUAUCCACCACUGCAAAGUGUAUCCUGUUCAAAACGGAUUCUCCGGAGUUCACUCUGCUUGGGCCAUAGUCUCCUUUCAUAUAUUGUUGUUGUUGUUGUUGUUGUUAUUGCUGGUUUGUUAUACUGUACAUGCCACAAAAUGUAAUAUUAUUUUGUAUAACUACUAAAGAAAAAUCCUGUAGAUUUUUGUGCCUUGAUCAUGGCUAAAUCUGUAAAAGAAACGUGUUUUUAUUGUGCUGAACAGCUACAUGUCAACAUUAUCUGCAGCUUGCUCUGAAACAGCAAUGGUAUCUGAAUGGUAUCUGUAGAAUUUAGGAUGUUUUGUCAGGUAGGUACUUUUUAAAAUACUCCUUUGAUUUUAUAUAUAUAUGUAUAUAGAACUAUACAUAUAUACACAUAUGCAUAUAUUAAACAUGUGAAUCAUACACAUCUUACAAAACAAUGCUGUACCAACAUCACAGGGAACCAAGGGUUGGUUGGUUUGUUUUUUUUUCCUCUCUCCAGGCAAUACAUCUUUUGAUUAUUUUGCUAUUUUAGAGACUUUAGCAAGAAAGCACCAAAAGAUGUCAAUGCUUGUGUCUGGCCUAGGAGAACCAUAAGAGAACAUCUUCAUCUGCCUUUGAAGAAGAAUCAUUACGAAACCUUUGUUUGAAAUAUAAAGUCAAACUAUAUGGCUGCCUUCACACCUGAAAGAUUGACAAAUACAGCCUGAAAAAUUAUGGCUCAGUAUCUGGAAUGCAAGGCCUCGGUGGCACUGACACUUUAUAUGCUCACUACAGCCACAGUUUUGAGGGUAGUUUCCUUAGUUGGAAGAUAAGGUGUAAAAAUGUUCAAAGUAUAUUUUUAACAACAGAUCCAGAGAAGUGAUAUCCUAGCCUGCAUCACUUCAUUCAUUUCCUUUUAGUCUCUUCACUCUAAUAUUUUAAAGUUUACUCUAUAAUAAAAAUUUUAGAAUCCUCUAUAUGCUCUUCCAGAUUUUAAAUGCUACUUUUCCACAAAAGACAGGAUGACAACUUUAUAGUCAAUGCAACACUUUAUUUUAUUAUCAGCCAGUUCUGACACCUCAUCCUUAACAGCUUCAUGAAACUCUCAUUUGAACGGAGACAUAUAACGUGUAAAUUAUUUUCAGUUCCUGUUGCACUUUUAAGUAAAACAUGAAGAAUAAAUGAAAAAUAUAAACCCUCGGAUACACAAAAGUGUUGUAUACUGUUUUAUGCAUUACUACUCAAUAAUUCUCUAUCUUUUUAAAAGUUAAAGAGCUAGACUCUUAAGAGAAAAAAAAACAAGAAAAUACAUUUUAUCUCGCUUAAAAUCAUCAAAACAUUUACUAGUCCAUGUUUCAAGCUUCAUUUGGUCAUUGACAAGCAUUUAAUUCAGAUUUAAAAACUUGUUCUGCUGGAGAGACAAUUAUAUUUAUCUAAAAAUAUGAUUCCAUUAAUUUAGCACAAAAAAUAUGAAAAUCUGUGAAAACAAUAUAUUACUUCUUGUAGCAUCUGUACUUUUAAGUUUACAGCCUUAUAAUUUACAGGAAUUUGAGAACCACUUCAUGGGAGGACAGAAGCAAACCCAAUGUCUGUGGACACCUAAUCUCAAGUGUGUUCCAGAGUUGCUGGCUCCAUCCUGGGGAAGGAAAGACUACCUAGUGCAUGCAAUUGAUGACAUUAAUAGCUUUUACAUAUUGUACAGAUACAAUCUUUGAUUAUACAUAUAUUUGAUAAAAUGAGAAAACAGACUUGUUUAGAGUACAUGUUCCAUUUUUAUAGCAUGAGAACAGUACAAUCAACUAUUUAUUCUGCAGUGGUUUGCAUCAGUGAUUUAGAAUUUCUAUGAUGGGCAUAGAGACAGACUACUUUGGCCUCACCUAACAGUAAUACCACCUGGAGUUCAGUUUCUCUGACUUUAAUAUUUAUUACUAAAUGCAAAAAUCUCCAGCUCUUCACUUUGUCUUGUAUUUUCUAAGCAGGUUCCAACCUAAAUGAAGAGGUGAGGGUAUUAGCGCCAAGUGAACUAAUAUGAGGACUACCAGGAAUGUGGCUGCUCCACAGUACGUGGUCAAAACUGUGUAUUCCGAAGGGAGGAAACACUUGGCUAGAGCAUACCCUGUGGGUGUCAUGCUGCCCUGGAAAGGAAGACAGAAUGUUAUGCAUCAGAGAAAGCUCCAGGUUCAGCCCACCCAACAGUCUUGACUUAGAAAUGACACUGGAGGGCAGUCUGGAGGGACGUCGCUUCAGCCUGCACAGCCACCCACCCACCAUAGUCCUGACAGAGAAGGGAAGUGAAAUGUACGCUAGCCUGGGACCUGACUUCCCACUGGAACCAGCCCCUGGCCCACGGGGUUCCUCUACAAUAGUGGGCAUAUUUGAGAGUGGAAAGGCAUGGCGAUCUGGAUCUAUAGUCAAGGAACAAGGACUAAAGGCUAUUUUCUUCUUGCCAUUUGUUGCUAACAUAAGCAAUCUUUUCCCUAGAAAUAUAUAUGUGGGGGCAUCAAUGGGGUUUUUUAUAGUCAUUUCUGCUGUAUGGAAUGAUAGCAGGAGAUGUUUUCAUUUACUGUGAAUGUGAAAACAGGAGAGUUUCCUCAUCUUUUUAUGAAGGAAAGUACUUGAUGUGAAAGUUUGGUGAACCAGAUGCAAGGCCCCAGGGGUAAAAGCAAGGAGCUGAACACCAGGUGGUCAUUAAUCAAAGCAUCUUUAAUAACUGGCAAAGCUCCAGCACUUUUCUGCCAGGGCAAGUGGCCAUGGGGGGAAAUAAGAUGACUGAAUAUAGCUAAUGAAGAAAUGAUCCCAUUUCCUUAGGAAAUUAAACACACAGAGCCUAACCUUAGAGGGUACGGCCAGCCCUGAAGGACAAAACUUGCCUGCCCUCCCUUCUCCCUCUACCAACCCCCACCCCCCGCCCCAGGAAUGAUGCUAUGUUUGUCUCCAGAGAGGUGUUUAGGCUGAGGGGUAGUAUUGAAUUCAGUGUGUGCGUGUGUGUGCGUGUGUGUGCUUGCGUGUGUGCAGUAGGGGUAUUUAUGGCCUUUGUAUAUUUCUACAGAUUGCAGCAGCAUUUAAAUAGUUGAUUACUAUGUUGAUUUAAAUAGUUAUGAAAGCACUCAGACAAAAAUAAACGUUCAUAUUACCAUGAUGAAGCUGGGGUUGUUU